UUUGGAACGCUUCCUCGUCCCCCUGCGCAUAUGCCAAUGUGGAGCUAAUCAUGAGGAGGGAUGAACUAUGAGGCUUCUCUUCAUCAAUCAGGCAGAUAUCGUAUUAUCAUUUUUCCGCCUCAACUCCGCCUCUUCCACUCGUCUCCUCAGGAGUCCAAUUUCCUUCUCAACGCGUUUCAUGGCAACCCUCUGGUUGUCGCCUUAAGAAAUGAAAAAGCCUCAGUCUUCUAGCGCACUGAUUAUAGAUUGCCUUCAACAGGGUGAAAGCUGGACUACAACACCGUAAGACUGUUAAUUCUGUUUCUACUCUAUUUCCCAGAGUGCUCAGCGGGACAUCUAAGGCCGAAGAAGCGGGCGGAAAUCGGAAGACAAAAGGCGUCCGCACAGCCCUGAGAAACGGAAUCUCGCGUUGGCGCGGAGGAACCUGGGUGGAGUAGUUCUGAGGGAGCUCGCGAGGCACCGGAAGUGGUUGUGCGGGGGAGCGUGUGAGAGAGGUUGGGUACCUGGCUGCGUCCGGGCUGGGGUCGCGUGUGUUAACCUGGCGGACUGCAGUCCCUAGGUGAGGAGAUGCCGGGUUUGCGGUCCCUGAGGAUCCUGGAUGAUUGGGAGUUCCAUCCUUCUUGAGGAGUGACGAAAUCCUUAGCGGGCGACCUCGGCGAAGGGUCGUCGCCUUGAGCGGUGGAGGGCUAGGUGAAAUCUUUGGUAAGAGCCUGUGAUCUGCCAGGCUGUUGUUUAAAAAGUGUUUUCCGGCCCUCACCGGCAGCCUCGAGAGGAGCGAUUCUAUUUUAUUUUGGGGUGAGAAAACAGACUGAAGGAGGUGGUGAGUUGCCUGAAGUCGCUGGCAAAGCUGGGCGGAUCUCGGAGGACGAAUGAAAGGAAGUUCUUCCGGGGGUCGAAGUACUGAACUUUUACCCCUUUCUCUGCGCCAGCCGCCGCUCUGUCCUCGCCUUUAUCCCACCAUCUGCGCAGCGGCGCCCACACAUACCGGACACCCUUGGCGCCAGGAUCAUCUGGGGAAUCAGAAUUUUUCAGCGUUAAUGGGCCUAUGUGCCAGUAAAUACUGUGUAGGUCAAACAAAACAUCCAUGGACUGAAUUAUACUCACCCAUCAAGGCUUAACCUCUGUCACAUGAAAAAAGUCAUUGGAAUUGUGACCCUCAAGGGCAUAGGCAUGGACUUCACCUUGGAGAACUGGGAGCAGCUGGGGCCGGACCAGGGGGACCUGUUCUGGGACACAGCGCUGGACAACUACCAGAGCCUCUUCCUGCUGAACCCCUGCAGACCCAACCUGACUGUCUGUCCAGAUGAAGGCGAGCUGGAGGCCUUGGUGAGAGGAAGCCCGGAAUCAGCGGUUCCUGACAUGGCUGAGGCCAAGAACUCUCCUCUGCCACAGGACUUCUUGGAAGAAGGGCUCUCCCAGGAGCUUUUGGAGACACUUUCCAAGGAUGGCCAAGGAUUGCCUAUGGGAGAAGCUUGCAUAGGCAAAAGUUGGUUAGAUAGUUUGCUAGAAGAUCCAGAAAGUCUUCUGAGGUCUAACAUUGUUACCAAAAAGGAAAGUCCCACAGAAUACAAGAGUCAUGAACUCAACAGUGGUCUCAGUCCUGAGUCCUUCGUUUUCACAGGCGAUUCUGUGAUGAAUGAUCUUCCUGAAAAGAGCCUGAUACCAGCUAAAUCUCAGGAAUAUGGGAUGACUACUACUACUACUACUACUGCUACUACUACUGCUACUACUACUACUACUACUAGUGGCUACUACUUAGACCAGAGCCAGCAGGAUAAUGUCCAGGGAAGGGAGAAACCAUAUAAAUGUAGUGAAUGUGGGGAGAGCUUUAGCCAGAGUUACCAUCUUGUCCAGCACUGGAUUAUUCAUAUUAAGGAAAAACCUACUGUGCAAGAAUAUGAGAAAGGUUUCAAGCAGAGUUCUUGCCUUGUGCACCUGAUGGGUCACAAGGGCUACAAAUCCUAUGUGUGUAACAAGCAUGGGAAAAACUUUAAUCAAAAUACACAACUUCUGCAGCAUCAGAAAAUUCAUACUAGAGAAAAACCAUGUGAGAGUCAAAACAGUGACCAUCCAUCAAGUCAUGGCUCACAGCCUGUUGAGUGUCAAAAAACCCCUACAGGUGGUAAAUCCUACGAAUGUAAUGAGUGUGGCAAAAGUUUCAGCCAAAUCUUUCGUCUUACUCAACAUCAAAAGACCCAUACCCGGAAACACUACGAAUGUGCCAAAUGCAAGGCAACCUUCAAUUUCAAAAAAUACCUCCUUCGACAUCAGAAAAUGCAUGCUGCAAAAACUACCUGUCAGUGUCAGGAAUGUGGGAAGGCUUUCAGGCGGAGAUCACUGCUCAUUGAACAUCAGUCUGUUCACACUGGAGAAAACCCUUUUAAGUGUGAUGACUGUGGGAGAUCCUUCAAACAUAUCUCUACCCUAAAGAUCCACCAGAGGGUUCACAGUGGAGAGAAGUCUUACAAAUGCAGUGAAUGUGGGAAAGCCUUCUAUCAGAAGACUUACUUUAAUGAACAUCAGAAACUUCACCAGGGCCACAGGCCCCACAAAUGUCAAAAAUGCAUCAAGAGCUUCAGUCGGCUCUCCCACCUGAUCCAACACCAAUCCACUCAUUCCACAGAGAAGCCCUACAGCUGUGCUGAGUGCAAGGAGACCUUCAGUCAUAAUGAACACCUUGUUCAACACCAGAAAAUCCAUACUGUGGAAACUCCCUACCAAUGUCAGGAGUGUGGUGAGCGCUUCACUUGCAGUUCUACCCUAACUUGCCACCAGAGUGUUCACACAAGAUAUAAACAAUGGUUUGAUGAGAAAGGAAAGAUCCUCAAUCAGAACCCAAAACACAGUGGGCAUCUAAGGACUAGUGAAAAGUACUUUAAGUGUGAGAAAUGUGAGAAAACAUUUAGCCGCAGCAAAUACCUGACCCAGCAUCAGAGGAUUCACACCAGGGCGAAGCCCUUUGAGUGUAACCGGUGUGGGAAGGCCUUUGGCCAAAGUACACAGCUUGUUUGCCACCAGAUGAUCCACUCUGGAGUGAAGCCAUAUGAAUGUGGGGACUGUGGGAAGGGCUUCAUCCACAGCACUGCCCUCACCAAACAUCAGUCUAUCCACAAGAGCAAGCAAUCCUUUAAAUCUAAUGAAUGUGGACAGAUCUUCAGCCAAAGCGCAUGUCUCUCAGAACACAAGUUAAUUCACACUACAGAGAAGCUUUUUAAGUGUAACAAGUGUGACAAAGGCUUUGCCCAUGAUCACUACCUCAUUCAGCAUCAGAGAACUCAUGCUGGAGAGAAGUCCUUUGAAUGUGAAAAAGUAUUCCAUCAGAAGUCAUGUCUUCCUAAGGAUCAGAGAGAUCACACAGGUGAGAAACUCUAUGAAUGUGGUGACUGUGGGAAAACCUUCAGACUGCAUGCUCAACUCAUUCAACACCAGAGAGUUCACACCGGAGAAAAGCCUUAUGUUUGUCAGGAUUGUGGGAAGGCCUUCAGUCAGAAUGUGUGCCUUUCUGUUCAUCAGAGAGUUCACACUGGGGAGAAGCCUUAUAUCUGUGAGGAAUGCGGGAAAGCCUUCAGUCACUACUCAUGCCUUUCUGUUCACCGGAGAGUUCACACUGGAGAAAAGCCUUAUGUCUGUCAGGUUUGUGGGAAAGCCUUCAGCCAGAGCUCGUGCCUUUCUGUUCACCAGAGAGUUCACACUGGGGAGAAGCCCUAUAUGUGUGUUGUAUGUGGAAAAGCCUUUACCCAGAAAGCAAAUCUGACACAGCAUGAGAGAAUUCACACUGGAGAGAAGCCUUAUGCCUGCAAUGUGUGUGGGAAAGCCUUUGGCCUCAGUGCCCAUCUCAGUCAGCACCGGCAAAUUCACACCCAACAGAAAGUGUAUCAGUGUCAACAUUGUCAAAAAGCCUUUAGCUACCACUCAAGUCUUACACGACAUCAGCAAGUUCACACUAAAAAAUAACAAGUAGCAAUACUACAGAUGAUCCCUGGUUGGCAGCAGGGUCCCAGACUGAAGGUCUGAGAAUAUGUUCAUCCAAGCCAUAAUGUUGAAAUCAUCACAUUUUAAGUUCUCUCUCCAAAAAUAAAUAAAUCUCUUUAUUGAUAAAAGGAUUUAUUAGAAAAUUUGCAGACAAGUUUCAUUAAAACAGUGAGAACACAAAAGUUGAGAAGUGUACUGUCAUAAUACACUCAUAGAUUCUGCAGCCAGUCUGCUGAGUUAAAUCCCAACUCUGCCAUCUGCUACCUAAGUGACCUACAGAGAGUCCUGGAGCAUAUCAGUAUCCCCAUCUCAAAAAUGGGCACAAUAAUAGCUACCUACCUCAGAGGGCUAUUGUGAAUAUAAACAAACAUGUAAAGUACUUAGAACUGAGUGUCCAGCACUACUGUAAGUAGUUACCAAGUAUGAGCUACAAAUAUUCACCAGAUAAAACAUAAAGAUUCUCUUAUGUGCAUAAGUCUUUUUGAAUCUGAAAUCUUGUU